AUGGCGAACAGUGCACCCCUGUUUGUACUUUCUGAAAUGAGCUCUGAAUAUUUCACUUCACUUAAUGUACCUGCAUCUUUUUUCAGCAUCCUUAUGAACAUUUUUUUCAUCUACUGUAUGGCCUUUCAGCAGCGUGAGCAAGAGCAACUGAAACAACCGCUUAAUGUUUUACAAGGAAUACUUGUUGGAUGUAACACCACUAUCAAUGCCUUUACUCUUUUGAAGGUCUGUAUCAAUUGUUUUCCAAGAUAUUCUGAUGUGUGGUCUUAUGUUAUUUCCCAGUGUAUGGUUUACACUAUGAUGACUAGUGUAACGUCAUCAUUUUGGCAGAAUGUGUUUUAUUACUGCCAAAUUAUUCCUUUACAAUUCAAAUUCAUGUGGUUGAAAAAGAACAUUCAGGUCCUUAUUUACUUUACUUUGCUGACCAGUGGAAUUGUCUAUCUAUUUGGAUUGAGUUUAAUCACUGCAUUUACAGUUAUUGUUAGCAAUAACGCUAGUGCUAAUGACACAGUCAUGGGUGUUCCCCAUAAUUCUUCCUUGUUAUGGAUCAUUGUUACGUGGUAUUUAGUCUUUUCUUUGACAUUAGCCAUGUUGGUCUUGAAUCUGUGUGGAAUGUCAACAUCAAGUUGUGCAACUGUGAUUUACCUGUGGAAACAUGUGAAGAACAUGGAGGAGAGCAACACCCUCUCUUCACCCCGAUUCCAGAAACAGAUAAGGAUGACCAUCAGAAGUGUUGCAAUACAAGCUCUACUUUACUUAAUUUGCUCACUUGGGGUUAUUGUAGAUUUAGGUAUAUAUAUGUACGGAACAUUAAAUUACGACCAAAAUCAAAAUAUCCUUUCAACUAUAGUCUCAUUUUAUGCCUUUGGAACCAGCAUUACUUUAGGUUUUGCACAGUCAUUGUUUCGAAAGCAACUAGCUAAUGCUUGGAAAAGAAUUUUCCCAAUAUUUUAA